AUGGACCCUACUUUCACUUGGUGGAACAAGCAUAAACUCGUCCUUGUAGCUAAGAAGCUUGACAUAAGCCUAGUUAAUGAUGAAUGGUACAUCGCGUUUUCAUCCUCUGUCACUUUCUUUGGUAGCCCCGGCUUCUCCGAUCAUGCAGUUAUGUCGAUCACCCUAGAAACCGAGAGGAUAAAAAUCAAGAAGCAGUUUAGAUUUUAUAAUUUCCUCACACACAACCCUAAGUUCUUGGCUGUUAUUUGUGAGAGCUGGUUUUCUUUCAACAUCACAAGCUCCACAAUGUUCAAGGUUUCCAGAAUGCUUAAGCUGUUGAAGAAAGUUAUCAGAGAAUUUAGCUUUAAGAAUUAUUCGGGUAUUGUGAGGAAGACAGAGCUUGCUCAUGAGAGACUAUUGCAGGCUCAUGCCUCACUGUUAUCUGACCCUUCAAUGCAUAAUGCCUCUGCUGAACUUCAGGCGAUGCAUGAAUGGGAAGUAUUUUCAACAGCUGAAACUGAAUUCUUUGUCCAGAGGUCGCACAUUAGUUGGCUUUCUUUCGGAGAUGGUAAUUCUAGGCUGUUUAACAUAUGCACAGCCUCCAGACAUGCCAUAAAUCACAUUCAUUUUCUUACUUCGGAGGAUGGAGUGUGUAUUGAAUCUCAAUCCGGUAUCCAAGAGCUGUGUGUGAAUUAUUUCUCUAGCAUUUUAGGAAGCCCGGUAUCCCAGCCAAUGUUCAUCCAAAGCGACCUUGAUCUUCUCUUCAACUUCAGAUGUUCUGUGCAUCUGGCAGAUAAUUUUCAGAAGCCGUUCUCAGCUAAGGACAUUAAGGGCGUUUCUCUGCCUAAAAAUAAAAUAGGUGGACCUGAUAGUUACUCGGUGGAGUUUUUCACUUCGUCGUGGGCAGUCAUCGGUCCUAAGUUCACAAAAGCAAUCAUGGAAUUCUCUAAGUCGGACAGUCUUCUGAAGCAAUGGAACACAUCCAAUUUUGUCCUUAUACCAAAGAAGCCUAAUGCUUCCCUCACCACGGAUUUCAGGCCCAUCUCUUGA